AUGAAGGUCAGAGUCUUCUCUGCACCUGCAAUCCAGUACUGCGGAGGUACAGACAGAAGGAUCCCUAGGGCUUGCUGGAUCGUCCAGCCGGUCAGCGCGCCUCCCUCGGAGCGCGCCCUGCAGAGCGUGGGCCAAAGUGAGGGUCCGUUGCGGAGGUCGGCGGAGGGCCCGAGGAACACGACAUCGCGGAGAUGGUUUCACCCAAACAUCACUGGCGUGGAGGCAGAGAGCCUACUAUCGACCAGAGGAGUCGACGGCAGUUUCUUGGCCAGACCCAGCAACAGCAACCCUGGAGACUUCACCCUGUCGGUUAGGAGAAACGGGGCUGUCACUCACAUCAAGAUUCAGAACACCAGCGACCACUACGACCUGCCCGGAGGGGAGAAGUUUGCCACCCUGGCUGAGCUGGUCCAGUACUACGUGGAGCACCAGGGACAAUUGAAAGAGAAGAACGGAGAUGUCAUGGAGCUCAGAUACCCACUGAACUGUACUGAUCCUACCUCGGAACGGUGGUUCCACGGUCACCUGUCUGGAAAGGAAGCCGAGAACCUCCUGGCCGAGAAGGGGAAGCAUGGCAGCUUUCUGGUCCGUGAGAGCCAGAGCCACCCUGGAGAUUUCGUCCUCUCUGUCCGCACCGGUGACGCCGACGGGGAGGGCAACGAUGGCCAGUCCAGAGUGACCCACGUCAUGAUUCGCUGCCAGGAACUGCAGUACGACGUUGGCGGAGGAGAACGGUUUGACUCCUUGACAGACUUGGUGGAGCAUUACAAGAAAAAUCCUAUGGUGGAAACGCUGGGCGCAGUGCUACAACUCAAGCAGCCCCUCAAUACGACCCGGGUCAACGCUGCGGAAAUAGAAAGCCGGGUCCGAGAGCUCAGCAAAUUCGCCGAGACCACAGAUAAAGUCAAACAAGGCUUUUGGGAAGAAUUUGAGACGCUACAACAGCAGGAAUGCAAACCUCUCUACAGUCGGAAAGAAGGUCAGAGGCAAGAAAAUAAAAACAAAAACAGAUAUGACAACAUCCUGCCCUUUGAUCACACCAGGGUCGUCCUACAUGACGGAGAUCCCAGUGAGCCAGUUUCCGAUUACAUCAAUGCAAACAUCAUCAUGCCCGCAUUCGCAAGCAAGGGCAACGAUUCAAAGCCCAAGAAGAGUUACAUCGCCACUCAAGGCUGCUUGCCAAACACCGUGAACGACUUCUGGCGCAUGGUGUUCCAAGAAAACUCCCGAGUCAUUGUCAUGGCAACCAAGGAAGUGGAAAGAGGAAGGAGCAAGUGUGUCAAGUACUGGCCCGAGGAGUCUGCGCUUAAAGAAUACGGCGUCAUGCGUGUCAGGCACGUCAAAGAAAGCGCCGCUCAUGACUACACUUUACGAGAACUGAAACUUUCCAAGGUUGGACAAGGGAACACGGAGAGAACGGUCUGGCAGUAUCACUUUCAGACCUGGCCGGACCACGGAGUACCCGGUGAUCCCCAGGGUGUGCUGGACUUCCUGGAGGAGGUCCGCCGCAAGCAGGAGAGCAUCGUGGGCGCAGGUCAUGUGGUUCACUGCAGUGCUGGAAUUGGCCGCACAGGGACAUUCAUCGUGAUCGAUAUUCUUAUCGACAUCAUCCGAGAGAAAGGUGUCGACUGUGACAUUGACGUUGCCAAGACGAUUCAGAUGGUGCGGUCCCAGAGGUCAGGGAUGGUUCAGACGGAAGCCCAGUACCGGUUCAUCUACGUGGCUGUCCAGCACCAUAUCGAGACACUGCAGCGCACGGUCGACGAGGAGCAGAAAAGCAAGAGGAAAGGACGCGAAUAUACCAAUACUAAGUAUUCCCUCGCAGAGCAGACAAGCAGCGACCAGAACCCCCUGCCGCCUUGCACCCCAAAGCCACCGUGCGCGAAAAAGGGGGAAGACAGUGCAAGAGUCUUUGAGAGCGUGGGCCUGGUGCAGCAACAGCAGCAGAGCUUCAGGUGA